ACUCACUUCACUUCUCUUUGUUAGAUCAAAAGAAAAAAAAUGCAAGGAGGGCAGAUGGUAGUUGAAGAGCCUCUAAGGCUCUCCUCAAUCUUAACUUCUUCAAAUUCAAAACCAAGCUACUUACCUUCAUUAACCAAAAUAGUUGGAACACUUGGACCAAAAUCGCGCUCUGUCGAAACCAUUGAGGCUUGUCUGAAUGCAGGAAUGUCAGUUGCGCGGUUCGACUUUUCGUGGUUGGAUGUUGAUUACCACCAAGAAACUCUCAACAAUUUGAGACUAGCAAUGAGAAAUGCUAAGAAACUAUGUGCUGUUAUGGUAGACACUGUCGGCCCUGAACUUCCGAUUCAUAACCAGACUGGGAAACCAAUCGAGCUAAAGGCCGAUGAUCGUGUCACGAUUACUUCAGAUAUAUCCAAAGAACCAUCUGCAGAGUUCUUACCUGUUAAUUUUACUGGACUUUCGCAGAUUCUUAAGAAGGGUGAGACAGUAUUUCUUGGUCAGUACCUCUUCACAGGCAGUGAAAACACCUCUGUAUGGCUUGAGGUGCUGGAGACAAAUGGGAGCGAUGUGAUUUGCCUCGUAAAAAACACAGCCACUCUUACAGGAUUUGUAUUGAUGCAUGUUUCACAAGUUCUUGCAAGUUUGCCAACAUUAAGUGAUAAUGAUAAAAAGAUUAUUUCGGAGUGGGGUUCGCACAAUGAUAUCGAUAUCAUCUCUCUAUCUUAUGCUCGCAAUGCACAAGAUAUGCGCGAGCUUAGAGCUUUCCUUGGAGAACAUAAUUUAAAUGAAGUGCAAGUGUUUGCCAAAAUUGAAACUGUGGAGGGUUUGAAGCAUUUUGAUGAGAUUCUUCAGGAGGCCGAUGGAAUUAUCCUCGGACGCGGAAAUUUAGGAAUCGACCUUCCACCAGAAAAGGUUUUCUUGUUUCAGAAAUAUGCUGUAUAUAAGAGUAAUAUGGCAGGGAAACCUGUCAUAAUAUCUCGAGUAGUCGAUAGCAUGGCAGCAAAUCUACGACCAACUCGUGCAGAAGCAACAGAUGUUGCUAAUGCUGUACUUGAUGGUGCUGAUGGUAUAUUAUUGGGUGCUGAGACACUUCGAGGUCUAUAUCCAGUCGACACAAUACGAACUGUGGGGAAAAUAUGUGCCGAGGCUGAAACUGUAUGCAAUCAUUCAUUUCAUUUUAAGAGAAUAAGCAAGCAUGUUGGAGAGCCUAUGUCUCACGCCGAAUCGGUUGCUUCCUCAGCGGUACGUGCUGCUAUCAAGGUCAACGCUACACUCAUUAUCGCAUUCACAUCCUCGGGAGCAGCAGCGCAGUUGAUUGCUAAGUACAGGCCACCAUUGCCUGUGUUUGCUGUUGUUAUUCCUCGUCUUAAAUCGAAUUCGUUGAAGUGGUCUUUUACUGGUUCAGCACAGGCUCGUCAUUUGCUCGGUGUAAGAGGAGUUUACCCCAUUUUGGCUAGUCCUCUUGCGGCAUCGUCAGGCGUUUCAAGUGACGAAUCAACAUUAAAAGUUGCAAUUGAUCAUGGAAAAUCUGUGGGACUACUUAAGCCUAACGAUCGAGUAGUUGUUUUCGAAAAGAUUGGGGACUCAGCAGUAGUAAAGAUUGUGCAGCUUCAGUCCUAGCACAUUCUCACCCAUUAAUCUCUAGCAUAACAUUCUAAAUUUCUGCUGUUAAUUUCGUGCGUAUUAUGUAUGAUGAGGAGGAUUGCAAACGGGAAAAGAUGAUCAUAAUUCUUUUCGUUUGAUUUACUAAAUUUUAAGAGACAUGAAAACAGAAAUGAGAACGAUUCCUAUUAUUUUUGUUUGGUUCA